AUGGAUGCAAAACUGAAAGAGCUGGCUACUCUGAUUAAAGGUAGGGAUGCCAAGGUAAUCUUUUUUGUUGGUGCAGGUAUAUCGACCAACUGUGGAAUUCCGGACUUUCGAUCUCCCAAAACAGGUCUUUACUCAAAUCUACAGAAACUCAACUUACCUUUCCCCGAGGCAGUGUUUGACAUUAAUUACUUCAAGAAAAAUCCUAAAGCCUUCUAUACAUUGGCUGAGGAGAUGUAUCCUGGAAAGUAUCUCCCUAGUAAAUUCCAUUACUUUAUAAGACUUUGCCAGGAGAAGAAUAUCCUUAAAAGAUGUUACACCCAGAACAUCGAUGCAUUGGAACGGGUGGCCGGGGUUCAUGAGGAUUUUAUUGUGGAGGCCCAUGGAUCUUUUGCCAAAGUGCAUUGUAUCAAGUGUGGGACAGAGAUGGAUUCGGUUACUUGGAAAAAGUUGAUGAAGAAAGGAAUUCCACGCUGUCAGAAAUGUGGCAGCUAUGUCAAGCCUGAUAUUGUAUUCUUUGGUGAGUCUCUUCCCGCUAAAUUCUUUGAGUUAUGGGAAAAGGACAGGAAGGAUGAUUUUACAGUGGCUAUUGUUGCAGGCACUUCUCUUGAGGUUUAUCCCUUUGCUGUAUUGCCUGCAGAAAUAUCAAGUAGGACUACAAGGGUACUUAUGAACAGAGAAAUAUGUGCUGACUUUGAAGAUUGCCCACGAAAAUCUGAUUUAGUGAUGCUUGCUGACUGCGACCAUACUAUUACGAAGUUGGUCGAUCUUCUGGGAUGGCAUGAUGAUUUGGAAAAAUUGAUCCAGGAAGGUAAGAAAUUGAUCGAAUCUCCAGGCACAUUUGCACUGGAGGAUACAACUAUCAAAAAUGAAGAAAAGAAUGUUACCAAGGCGGAGAAAACCUCUAAGGCUCUUGCCAAGAAGGUGGCUGAGGCUGAAAAGGUUGUUUCAUCCCAGAAAACCGAUAAUUCCGUUGAUGAUCUCAUCAAGGGUAUUGAGAAGAUUGAAAUUAAGGGUAAAGACGCCAAAAAGUGA